AUGGACGUGAUUAUAAAAGAUUCAUUUUUUGAUGACCCUAAUGAAACUGUUUUUUGGAAUGUUACAGAUUUUCCAAAAAAUGAGUUAGCUUUAGAAAUGCAUGACACAAUGUAUAUAGAUCGAAAUUCAGGGUUAUAUAAAGGAACUCUAGGAAUCUUUAAUCACUAUUUACUUUAUUUCAAAAAAUAAGUAAGUUUGACUUAAUAACUAAAAGACCAUAAAGAAAUGGGUCAAUUUAGAUAAUACUACUAUUGAAUAUACAAAACACUAAAAGGUAGGACUAGGAAUUAAAAUUACAAAAAACAAAUAAUAUUUUGAGUUUUUUGGAGAUGUAGAACCAUGGUAUAAUUAUCUUAAGUAAUAUUGUAUUCAAAAAAAUUUUACUCAUCAUUACACAUUACAAAAGAAGAUUGGAUAAGGGAAUUUCGCAGAUGUAUGAUUAUAUCAUUUAAAUAUAUUUAGGUUUUUAAAGCUGUAAACAAAUAAGAUGGAUCUGAAUAUGCAAUAAAGUGCUUCAGAAAGGCAAAGUUAAAUGAGAGUAUAGAUAGAUUAGCUAUAAUUAAAGAAAUAUCAAUAAUGAAAAAAAUUUAACAUGAAUCUAUUAUUCGUUUAUAUGAAGUUUUUGAAGGAGAUGAAUUUUUGUUUUUAGUUAUAGAAUAUUUGAAAGGAGGUGAAUUACAUAAAUAUAUGAAAAAAUCACCUCCUUUUUCUGAAGAAAAAAGCGCUAAAUUAAUAUUUAGAUUAUUGAAAGCAGUUUCUUCAAUUCACGAGAAAGGAAUUUUACACAGAGAUAUAAAACCAGAAAAUAUUAUGUUAAGAAAUAAAGAUGAUAUUGAUAACAUUUGUAUAGGUGAUUUUGGAUUAGCUGACUAUUACUCUUAAAGUGGUUAAUAUUUAUUUACAAGAUGUGGGACUCCUGGAUAUGUGGCUCCAGAAUUACUAUAGGAUAAAGUAUAUGAUUUCAAAAUAGAUAUUUACAGUAUAGGAAUCUUAAUGUUCAUAUUAAUUGCAGGUAAAUCACCAUUUGAUGGUAAUGAUUAUGACGAUGUAGUAAUGAGAAAUUACUAUGCUAAAGUGAAAUUCGAUGAAUGUAAAUUAAGUGUAAUUGGUAUGGAUUUACUUUAGGGACUUAUGAAUAAAAAUCCAAUAAAAAGAUUAACAGCUGAAGAAGCUUUAAAUCAUCCAUGGUUUACUACUGACAAUCUAACAAAAACAUGUUAAUUCAAAAUCAGAAAAUAAAAUCAAAAUGUAUCUAAGAAAUUAGCCUAUUUUGACAUGAAUAUUAAAUAAUAUUCUGCUAUUUCAACUUAAUUCAGUCCAAAAAGUUCACAAUCAAAUCAUAGUCCUUAUUGUGUUACAAAAUGUAAUAUUGAAGAUAGUCCUUAUACACAAAAUUCUCUUGUUAGUCUUAAACCUAUCAGUACUCCUAGAGCGCAAGUUGCUAAUAAAUUAAGACAGGUUCAAAGAUUUUAAAUUCCUUUAAAAUAAUUAUGA